AUUUUUGGUUCAGUUUUGAUAUUUCCGUUAUCAGUUUUCUAGAGCUAGAAAUUUAGAAAUUGUUUAAUUAUUUACAAAAUCCGAUUAGGUUUCAAUUUGAUUGUGUUAGUUUUUGGUUCGUUUGGGAUAGUAUAAUUAGAAAUGAGCUAAUAUGCAAAAAGAAAUUGGGUUCAAUUUAAUUUCGGUUCGGUUCGGUUCGAUUCUAUUUUUCUUAAGUAAUUUCAAAUGAUAUGGGUUAAAAAAUGUUAGAUAAUUCUAAGGUUUUUCAGGUUGAAUAUCAGAUGAUUUGGUUGUUCGGAUAGAAAUAUUAGGUAAUUUGGAUAAUUUAAAAUAUUUUAGAUAAAAGAUAUUUAAAUAAUUCAGAUUUUUGGUAUUUUGGUUUAUAGAUAAUAUUUCUAAGAUGUUUGGUUAUCUAGAAACUAAAUAUAAUUGAUAUAUUUAGGCACAUAAUCGAUAUUUUUAGGUACAUAAUCGAUUUUCCGGAUAAAUGUCCGAGGCCUAUACACAAUGACAGAAAGCGUGAGUUAGUUGUACAUUAUCAUUAGUGUUCAAUACUAUGUGUCUUUUCUUUUUGGCUUUGUUUAAGACGUCAAGCAAAACUUUAGAAGUCGUAGAAGAAAAAUCAAUGUGUGUUCCGUUGUCAUUUUAUCAAGGGCUUAUAUUUUAUACAAGUUACCCGUGAACUUUGCGGGCCAAUCCACCACAGAUAACUUUUGUUUUGGGACAGGCCGGCCCAGUUUGACACUUUACUAUUUUUACCUGAAUUCAUUGGUAAACGAGGUUUAGAAAAAAAAAAAGAGAAAAUGUAUCACAUUCACACGGUAGAAGUGGAUACCCUGAGACGAUUGGAAUUCUAGGUGGGCCAUGAUAGAUGCAUGGGAUAUUAAAAGCAUGGUUGGUCAUGGGCCCAUCAAUUUGCACAUCCCUUCUUUAUACAUUGAUGAUAUACUACUUUUAUCAGAUUUUUACUAAUUCAAGAGAACAUAAAAAUAUGAUCAUUUAUGCUGUAAUUUCUUUGUCUACCAGAUCUCAGUAUUUAUUCUACUGGAGUAUCAUAUAUUUAUUUCAGUCAGUAAAAAAAACAGUUUAUGAAAUUUAAUAAAUUAUAAUCUCGCAUAGAAGAAGAUCACAUAUUUUAGAAAAUGUGAAAUUAUAUAGAAAGUAAAUAUUUUACUUCCAAAAUUGUUACGUUUUGUUUGAAUGGGUCUAGUAAUAAAAAAAGAAAGAUAAUAGCUCCUUUUGACCAGAAGAUAAAUACCUAGAGAGAAAAUCGGAGAGGUGAAUCCAAAAAUAACAGAAUAUAAACAGAGGUUGAAAGCUGCUUUAUCCCUGAGAGAAAACGCCUCACACAAAGAACAGGAACAAUCAGUAAAGGUCGGAGAUUUAUGUCGGCUGUGUCUGAAUCGGCUUUGAUUUCGUCUCUGUUUCAAGUUUCCUCUCCCACUCGAUCGUCUUCUUCUACCUGGUCUGCUUUCUUCUUUGGUCUGACCACUGUUCUUAACUCUCUUCGCUUCUGCUCCAAGCAGAGGCUUGUUCUGGAGGUUCCAUCCCUUUCCAUGGGCGUAAGACCUAAAAGGACUCACAAGAGGCAAAGGUUACCCUUUUUCAUAGUUCGCUGAGACAAACCCUUUGUCUGAUUCAGCAGUUUUUGGUAAGAGAUUUUGAAGUGUUUGAAUCAGAUAUGAAGAAGUCCGUGAGAGUAAGGAAAGUUCGUAUUAUUGUCAGUGAUCCUUAUGCUACUGAUGACUCCUCUAGCGACGAAUGGUUCGAGUGUAAGCCUCCUAAGGUGAAGCGCAUUGUCCAUGAGAUCAACCUCCCCUUUCAGCUCUCUGAGAGUUCUCAGUAUCACAAAAACUCUAGACGUAUGCAGCUUAACAAGCCAGUGGGAGUUAGGCUGAGGCAGUCAGGCAAAUGGGCUGCAGAGAUUAGAAACCCACUCACCAAAACUAAGGUGUGGUUGGGUACUUAUGCAACCCUUGAAGAAGCUGGGAAGGCUUAUGCUGACAAGAAGGUUGAGUUUGAUGCUUCGGUUGCGUCAGCGAACAGCCAGUGCUUGCGCUCUGCUGCUUCUAAAGAAAAGGUGUCUCUGAGGAAAGAUGUUGCUGCUUCUGGUGAUUUGGCCAAGGAAGGUUUCGACCUUUCUGAGCUGGAGAUCCCUGAUCUGAGCUUCUUAGCAGCAGAAGAGAAGUCUGGCGCAAAGGCUGCUGGGGAGAUGGACUUUGAUUAUUUUUUCAAGGACGAGGACUAUGAUCAUCUGUUUGAUGAUUUCUCUGUGGUUGAUAAUGUUAAUAACGUCAGCUUACCAAGUGAGCUACCUGACUGUGACUUCACAGAUGUGGAACUUGAGCAUGAUGAUAUGAAGUUUGCCUUUGCAGCGCCUCCUCUCAACAUCGCUUGCCCCUGAAGUUUUUCAGCUUAUCUGAUUCACUGUAUUCCAAUAAUUAGUCGUUUCGUUUAAGGUUUAGUUUGCUAUUUCAAAAGAACAUGAAUAAGAAUGUAGCAUGUGUAAUCUCCUUGUGCUUUUAGAUCCUUCUAAAGAGGGUUUUUGCAGGAGUUUUGGAUGUUGGCUUUACCUUCUUCAGUCUCUUAUGUUAAAUCUGUGAUGCAUUAUGUGUAGUUGUUCUUUGUUGGUC